UGAACUUUGGAAAAAGUGAAAAUGAGCGCUGCAGCUGCAGGCCCGUUUAUUUUACAGAUGAUGGGACUAUCAUUGGUGAUGCAAAAACCAAAAUUUCUCGAAUUGAAUUCCACAUUUGCAGUAAAUCUGAUGGACCUUCGGGUCUGCUUUCCAGUCGUGAUGAAUGCCCUUUUCUAAAGCUAGUGACGAAGCGCAGAGACGUUAAGCAAAAACAUCUUUUGAUAUUUAACAAGAUAUGGAUGAGUUGGCAUUUAGAAUUGACCACAUGUAUGCUGCACCCUGCAGCAUGACUGCUGCGUCACUCCAGACCUGUUCAGUGGUGUCAGCAACUACACAGCAACAGAACCUUUCUGGCAUUUGUGCAAGAAGUGAAACCGAGAAUCCAAAGCAAGAAAACAUUCAGAUGAGCAAAGACCUCAAGAAUGCUGAGAGCAGCAGAAAGAACAGUCUAUGCUCGGGGACAGAGCAAAGGUCUGGCAAGUUAUGUCCUGAAAAAAAGGGCAAAGGGCAGAUAAGUGAACCUGCACCAGAGCUGAAACAGAUUUCUCAUGGAAGAGCAAAAGCUUUGGAAGAUGUAGCUGACAGAGAUGGUGAAAGUGAGGAAUCUGUGAAAACAUUUUCAGUGCGGAACCUGGAUCAUCAGUACCACAGUUUGUCAGACACAGUGGGUAGGACUCAUUUCCAGCUGGCUGGAAAUCUGUCACCAGUAGUACUCGAUAAUCAGGAAAAGUGCACUGAUCUCAACAUGCAUUUAUCUAGUGGAGAAAGAGUUUCAUUGACAAUAAGGAAUAAAGCAAUUUUUGCAGAAAAUGGAGGAGGCUGUGAUAAUGACAAGGAGGACAGUGUACUAAACAAUGAAUCUAAUGAAACUGGUAAUGAGAGUGAUUUGAAUGUCAGUGACCGUGAAUGUGAGGUGACUGAUAAAGAACAAAUCAAUAAGGCUAAAAAAAUGCAUUCUAGCACGCUAAUGGAGUGUCAUGUGACAUGUUACAGGCAUGUAGCUGAAGGUGAUAAUAGUGAACUGUGUGAACCAGUGCGUGAAAUACAACAGUCAAAGAAUGCACCAGAUAAAGCAAUAGAGAUCAGCUCAUUAGCAGAUUUCCAAGACAAACCUUCAAAAGAUUCCAGUGAAAGAAAAGAAUUAGAUAAAGAUGUAGUAAGUGAGAAAGAGACUCAAGGUUCCACAGAAACGCAAAAGAAAAAGUCUUUAGGAAGAAAAGGAAAUGUCAGAACCUCUGCCAAAACAUUUAAUACAGAAUCAUCUUCAGAUCCAAAACAGGAUAUACAUUCAAAAAUGAAAGAGCAGUUGUGAAUCCAUCAAAAGAAAAAGUGGGGGAGGAUCCUACAGAGUCAGAUGACUUGACUAAAAAUGAAACUGUUACAGGUUUCAGAGGUUCAGAAGAUAUUAUCGACGCUUUGGAAGCAAGACAGACCACGGACUCGGCAAAGCCAGAAGAAUUCAUAGAGUCUUUAAAUAUAGUGAAGGAUAAGGAUUCUUUACAGUCCCAAAGAAAUGCUAAAGAAUUUUCCACACCACAAAAGGCCAUGCACUUAUCAGAAGUUUUAAUUGAUCUGUCCUAUACAGGAGAGGAUAUGGAACUUUCAAAAGCAGAAAAGAGCUAUAAGUCCCUCAAAAAAGGCAAAAGGCAGAAAACUUCAGAUGACAUGGACCUCAUCAAAGACAGCACUAUUGAAAGUGAGGGCAAAAAAAAUACGAAAAUGAUCCUGCUGGCUUCACCAACAAAACAAGAAAACAGAUAAUAGACUGUGACAGUGUAAUUGAGUCCAGUGAAUCAAUGGAUGUUUCAAAAGAAAGUGGCAGUUCUGGGAAAGUCAUAAACAGCCAGGUAAUUUCCUCUCAGCAGGAAAGCUUGCAGAAAACAAACCAAAAACGCAGCUAUGAGGAGGCAGGGCUGAGCAUUCCAGUAUUGGAUGCUAUUGAUGAGGUCAGCAAGGUUCCUAAAACUGAUCACACUCAAAGCCUCAAGAAGUCUCCUUCGGUAACCAACAGAGGUGCUUCAGAUACAACUCUUAAUAAAGCACAGUACAUGAUACCCAUGAAAGAACAUGGCUGGCUUAGAGAGGUAGUAUUUAGAGGUAUCUUCACUGAGACUUCUUCUGGCCAAAAGCCUGCUGAUAUCUACUAUUUUACACCAGAGAAGAAGAAACUUAGGUCAAAGGUCGAAGUUGCCCAAUAUUUGAGAGAUCACCCUUCAGUCCCACUGACGGAGGAAAACUUUACCUUUCUGCGUAUACCACUAUUUGAGGAGCCCUGGGAAUCCGUUCGAAAUGCAGGGACACCAAGACGUGUGCAGCGUGUUUCAAGAUCUCAUAAAGGCAAAACGCCUGCUCGAACAACUUCAAAGAAUGAUGGUUCCCGCAAACAACAACUGAAACCCUCAGAUCACUUUUUAGAUUUAUCCAUGGCCUCAUCACCAUCAGACAUUAAGGGUGAGGAUGAAAACAGUAAAGAAUGGAGCCUCAUUAGUGGGCCUAGCAUUGACUCAAAGAAGGCAAAAGUUGUUACAAGGAGCAGAGGUCGAGGCAGGGGUUGGCUGAGAGGAAGCUGGGAGGUGAGAGAGGAGCCCCAUGAGACGGAGGUCUUAAUCCAGGACCUGCCUCCACCAGAAAUCAUUAUUGAUCGAGCAGAUGAUGAGGAAGAUUUAAGUCUAGGUGAGGAGUCCCAGAAAGGUUCACAGACUGAAAUGAGGAUGCAGGGAAGUCGUGAAGAAAAUCUCAGCGAACCUCCAUUUGAGCCAGUACACUUCGAUCAUGCUCCCACCCACUUGCAGCACUCACCUUCUCGCAUCGUGAAGGCAACUGCAAGAAAAAGCACCACCCCACAUAUUAAGUUCAAAAUUCCAUCCAGCAAAUCUCAUUCUACAAAAAAGCGCAACUUGUCUGUUGGACAGUUGUGCAGCAACAGUUGUCCUGGGCUUAAUGGGCAGCCUCCAAAACUACAGUGCUGUGUCUGUAUGUGUCUCUUUCAUCACCAGUGUGUGAACACAGAAAAGUCUUCUUCCCAAGGAGCAGCAGAUCAGUUCAAAUGUUUGCGCUGCAUUAACAUGCCCACUCCUCCACCCUCUGUCAUCCCACCAUCCAAAUCUGCAGGACCAUCAGCAUCAAGACAUGAACAAGCACCAGCUCCACCCAUUCCCACCCCACCAUCCCCUGCAGUGUUGAGCAUGUCAGCACCGCAGCUCACCAUCAUACACCAACCUUCAGGUGUCAUACCCCUCUUCCUGCCUCUUAUGCCUGGACAAAUAGCUUGCCAGCAGUUGCCAGUGCAAAGUGGAAGCACGAAACAUUCAGGACAACUGCCUCAGCCUGCAGAGGGCAGCAACUCUGAUGCUAUCCAGGUGCUACGUGGCAUGGUAGGAAAGCAUGACCAACCAGUCACCACGUCACAGCCACUUCCCAGCAUGCCAGACCCACCCCGUCUGUUGAUGAGAGGGGCUGUACCUCCUCCACUCACUCUAUCCAGUAAAGUCAAUCCUACCCAAAGCAUUGCCACAGCUUUUCGACCUCCACCACGUCUGGUGGCCGCUCCCGGGUUAGUGGCAUCCACAGCAACACCAGCAGUAACUGUUAGUGGCAGCCUUAUUGAAGAAGCUGCUUCAUCCUCUACUGUAACAGCACCCCUGUCAAGAAGUAUGUCAACUGUUUCUUUAUCUGCUGAGAAGAAUUCAAUACCACCAUCUGGGAGUACUUUGAUGGUUACUUCACUAGCAGAAGAAACUUUAAAAGCACCAGUAAAUCCUCCCCCAUCCCCUUCACAAAAACAUGUGAGUCUGCUGAGUCCUGCCCUAUCUGCAAGUACUUUGGCAUUUGCUACACAUCAAGACAAAGAUCCUUUAGUUCUGCCAAGUCUUGCCCCUUCCGAGAGUACACCUGCAAGGGAAAACUUGUUACCUCUGCCAGCUCCAACUCUGUCAAUGAGUACAACAGCAGCAACUUCUUUACCUUUUGGAAAAAAUUCCUUAUCUCAGCCAAGUCCGGCCCAGCUGCUAACCUUACCAGCAUCCAUAUUGAAGCGUGUGAAUGUAAACCAGCCAUUAGCACUAAAAAUCAACAACAGACACAUUGUUGUGCCACCAUACUGCCUUCUCAAAUCCAAAGAGGCUGUCAAGGUAGUGCUUCCUCCAGGCACAUUUUCCAUGCCACCCAACUCUGAAACAACAUUCCCAUUGACUGUAUCUAACAACACUCUUACUACAUCUUCACCUGUAACUAUGACAACUGUCAACCCUGCAGCCGCAGCUGAACAAGGCACACAACUUGAAGCCAAGGCCAGUGAUGAACCUUCCACAUCAUAUGCACAAGCUAGACUAGAUUUACCUUCUACAUCAGAUGUCCCUUUUAUAUCAGUUCUUGCAUCUGAUAUUCCUUCAACAUCAGAUGCAUAUGCUUCAUUAGAUGUACCUUCUUCAUCAGAUGACAGUUCACUCAACAAAAGCAAAAGCUCUAAGUAUGUGUCAUCAGGGAAGUGCCAUCUUAGAGUAAAGUCACAGUCACAAAUCAAUCCCUCCCAGUGCAUGAUGCACAGGUUGUUUGGAGGAUUUGAUGCCAUGCUGCAAAUCUUCCAGUUUCUUCAGAUUCCAGAUCUUCUGCAUGCCAGCCAAGUCUGCUCCACCUGGCUACAGAUUGCCCGACAGCGAACCUUGUGGCAGUCUGUUAAUCUCAAAGACCUUUUAGUGGCUGAUUGGGAAAAGGCUUUAAAGUUUAUGAGGAGUUGUGGAACCCAAAAGCUGCUCUUAAAGGGUGUGAAACACAAGGGUAGCCAGAGUCAGGCCUGGCAAAUUCUGAUGGAGAACUUGGACUUGCUAAUGGGCUUGCGGCACAUAGAAUUUGGCCUGGUCCCAGCUGCUGUUGUACAUGCUGUUGUGGAGAAGCUUACUCGGCUAGAAGUCUUCAAAGCAGAGCAUAUCACUCUUUUUACGGAUAUCUACAGUGAACAGAUGUGGACAACACCCACCAAGCUGGAUGUGGGCAAGUUUGGUAGUCUGGUUCACCUACGGGAGCUGCGGCUGCGUGGAGUGUUGGGGUUGGUGUUGCCCACAUUUACCUUCAAUGGAAGUUUAUCAGAACUAGCACAUCUGAAACAUCUUCACUCCUUGUCUCUGACAUCCUUGCAUGCCAUGCGGGACAGCGACUUUAAUUUCUUAGCUGACAUGAAGCAUUUGAGGGAGCUUGAAUUGGGCAACUGUCUCAACUGGACCUCUCAGACGUACUUGCUUUUAGGGGAAUUACGAGAGCUGCGGCACCUUCGACUAGAAUGUGGUGGAGAGAUACCUGACAUAGGUCUGGGCGAUGCUUUAUUAUAUCUCACGAAACUUGAGCGCUUGGAGCUGAUUCUGUUUGUGAUCCCAGCCUCUCUCAACAAAGCUUUGUCAGAACUCACCUGUUUACACACAUUGGUCCUGUGGCCUGACACCGGCUGUGGCAUCUUGCCAGCAACAGUCAACUCUAACGCCGUAGCUGCUGUCCUCAAUGUCAAGCAUCUGCAAGUCUUGGAAUGGGGUUUAAUGGUCAAGGACUCUUCUGCACACUCCAAGUCACUGCUGCAGCAGACUGAGGACAGCAGUACCAUACCAGUGCUGUGCAAUGGCUGCUCCUUGGAUCCAGACUUUCAGCACAGCAAUGACGCCAUCAUGAACUUGACUGUAAAGGAGUUUACCGAGCGCUUGUGCGGUGCUCUCCCUUUGUGUACCAACAUCCGCGUCUUUAACACUCAGUUGUUGGUAAAAGGCAAACUUUGUGCAUGUGAGUUCACAGAAGACUGCUGCCUGAGGUGAAAAAUACAAUUAAUUUUUUAGUUUGAUGGUGUGCUGGACAAGAGGUGGUUCCCCUGUGGCAACACUGCAACAGGAUUUAGACUUUCUAGCAUGAAGUGUACAGCUGAGAAGUUUUUACUGGUUUUCUUAUAUGGGCAGGAAAGAGACCUGACAUUUUAUUGAAUGUGGCUAGACUCAGGCUUUCUGUGAAUGAGGAUGAUAUGGCAUGCUGGUUAUAAGAUAUGCUGAUGAAAAAAAAAAAAAAUUUGGAAUAUUAUCAAUUUCUUGGAGGACAAGAUUCCCAGAACAAGGAAAAAUUCUUUAUUCGUGUGCUUUGUUCUUAUAUGUUCUUAUAUAAUAUAUUUUAAAUGGAGGGUCACUUCAUUGGAAUGAUGUCUGAACAAUCUUUUUGACUUAAAAAGGCAGCUGAAAAAGCAUUUAUUGAGUAGGGUAGUGAUGGCACUUGCGACAGUGCAAGUGCAUACUUAUCAGUAAAUUUGAAUAUAUUAUUAAUACAGUAAAAGUAAAAGUGACUGUCAAUGUGUUCUCCAUUAGUGCUGAGUUCAACUCAGUUUUGUGAAAGGUUGAAGCCCUGCUCAGCUUCCCUGUGUAAACAGCAGGCAUACACAGUCUUUGUCUGUGCAUACCUACUUGUGUUGGCUGUACUUUGUAUGGGGUAGUUGACUAAAAUUUAAUCAAACAUAAUUUCUUUUGACCUUUUGACCAUUGGUCAUGUUUCUUAUACUUCAGACUUAUCUUGGACAACCAGUGAAAGGACUGUUAAGUUUUAGUGAAUCAUUAGAAAUGAUAAUUCAAAUAUCAUAAAAAGAUGUUUAAGAUCUGUGCUUAAGAUGCAUGCUUGCAUUCCAUUUAACCAGCAGAGCUUCCAUUAGUAAUACAGUAAGAAUUUUGGACAGAGAGGAGUUCACAUGCCUAAAAGGCAAUAAUGUAAUUAUGAAUAAUUUUUAAUAACUUCUUUUGAUAAUUGAUUUUAUUAAUUUUUAGUGAGAUGCAUAAAAAUGCAGCCAUGCUGCAUAAGCAGUUAUUAUCAUUAAUCUUGCAGUUACACCCAGAUUGCCAAGACACCUUUUCUAAAUCUUUAAAGCUUUUUGUAACUUUUCAAAUGAAAAAUUUCUCAGUUCAGAUGUACAUUCUACAUAGAAACUAUUACUAGCAGCAGAGGAAAGUAAGUAAUUUGAUUUCUGAGAAUUUCUGUACUUCAGGAGUGGGCAAAGUAUGGCCCGUGAGCUGGAUCUAGCCCGUGGAGUCUUUUUGGCCAAAAUGCAUAGUGAACUUCUUUUAAUAACUUUCCUUUUUUAUUUAACUUAUGUUCAUUUGAUUGAAGGUUAAUUUAUCAAAUAUGACUUAGCCUGAGGAAUCUUCAGUCCAUAACAUUCUAACAGAAAAAGUACAAAAA